AUGCUCCGAUCCGGUGGCCAGGCCAGCAAGGCCUUGAAGAAGGCCUUCACUCACUCCCAACGCUCCCUCUCUACCACAUCCGCCGUCGCUGCCGUAGCCGCCAGGAAAGGCCCCUCAUCAAAUGUCAGGAACGCCGCCACAACGUCGGCUGCUACUGACGUCCGAGCAAAGCCCAGCCCAUCCUUCAAUGCUGCCGACAGCAAGAGCAGGAAUCAUGUCCAGCCUCUCGUCAACCCCCGACACCCAGAAAUGGACGAGUCGUUCAUUGGCAAGACUGGAGGAGAGAUUUUCCACGAGAUGAUGCUAAGACAUGGCGUCAAGCACAUUUUCGGUUACCCUGGCGGUGCCAUCCUACCCGUCUUCGAUGCCAUCUACAACUCAAAACACUUCGACUUCGUCCUCCCGAGACACGAGCAAGGAGCCGGCCACAUGGCUGAGGGCUACGCCCGUGCCUCGGGCAAGCCCGGCGUCGUUCUCGUCACAUCCGGCCCCGGAGCCACCAACGUCGUCACCCCCAUGGCCGACGCCCUCGCCGACGGAACCCCGAUGGUCGUCUUCUCCGGCCAGGUCGUCACCAGUGCCAUUGGCAGCGAUGCCUUCCAGGAGGCCGAUGUUCUCGGCAUCUCAAGAUCGUGCACCAAGUGGAACGUCAUGGUCAAGAGCGUGGCGGAGCUGCCCAAGAGAAUCAACGAGGCUUUCGAGAUUGCCACGAGCGGACGACCCGGCCCCGUUCUCGUCGAUCUGCCCAAGGAUAUCACAGCCGGCGUCCUGAGGAGAGCCAUCCCCACCGAGAGCACCCUCCCGCCCAUGCCUAGUGCGGCAUCGCGGGCUGUUCAGGAGCUCAGCCAGAAGCAGCUGGAUGCGUCCAUCAAGCGCGUGGCGGAACUCAUCAACAUCGCCAAGAAGCCUGUCAUUUAUGCUGGCCAGGGUGUUGUAUGCUCAGAGAAUGGUGUAGCCCUUCUGAGGGCCUUGUCCAACAAGUCUUCCAUCCCCGUGACCACCACCCUCCAGGGCCUGGGCGCUUUCGACGAGCUGGACGAGAAGUCCCUGCACAUGCUGGGUAUGCACGGCUCUGCCUACGCAAACAUGUCCAUGCAGGAGGCCGAUCUGAUCAUUGCCCUCGGAGGACGCUUCGAUGACCGUGUGACUCUCAGCAUCGCUAAGUUCGCACCCGCUGCAAAGGCGGCCGCCGAAGCUGGCAAGGGUGGCAUUGUCCACUUCGAUAUCCUGCCCAAGAACAUCAACAAGGUCGUCCAGGCUACCGAGGCCGUGGAGGGCGAUGUCGGUACCAACCUGGAGCUUCUCAUUCCUCUCGUCGAGACAAAGUCGAUGGAGGACCGCAAGGCCUGGUUCGACGAGAUCAAUACCUGGAAGGCCAAGUGGCCCCUGAACGCUUUCGAGCGCUCCGGAACCAACGGCCGCAUUAAGCCCCAGGAGCUGAUCGAGGAGUUGAGCAACCUGACCAAGGACAACAAGGAUAACACCAUUAUUGCCACGGGUGUCGGUCAGCAUCAGAUGUGGGUCGCCCAGCACUUCCGCUGGCGCCAGCCCCGAACCAUCGUCACCUCCGGAGGCCUCGGCACCAUGGGCUACGGUCUGCCCGCCGCCAUCGGCGCCAAGGUCGCCCGCCCGGACGCCCUCGUCAUCGACGUCGACGGCGACGCCUCCUUCUCCAUGACGCUCACCGAGCUCAGCACUGCCGCUCAGUUCAACAUCGGCGUCAAGGUGAUUGUCCUGAACAACGAGGAGCAGGGCAUGGUCACGCAGUGGCAGAACCUCUUCUACGAAGACCGCUACAGCCACACCCACCAGAAGAACGCCGACUUCAUCAAGCUGGCUGACGCCAUGGGUGUCCAGAGCAGGCGCGUGUCCAAGCCGGAGGAGGUCAAGGCUAGCUUGGAGUGGCUGAUCAACAGCGAGGGCCCGGCUCUGCUGGAGGUUGUCACUGACAAGAAGGUGCCUGUCCUGCCCAUGGUGCCGACGGGCAAGGGUCUCCACGAGUUCAUCACAUGGGAUGCUGAGACGGACAGGAAGCGCAGAGAGACCAUGCGUGAGCGUACCCACGGUCUGCACGGGAACUAA